UGAAGCUAAUCGUGUUCGUGCUUUAUGCGACUAUGCGAGUCAGCGUGUGCGGUGUGACGCAGUGACGGUGUGAGCUAGCACUAUAAACGCACGCUGAACAUUUACAUUUGAGGUAAAAGGUAAGAUCUUAUGGAAAAUGGAAGUUCCUCCUACCUUCGAAGAAGCUAUCAGAGCUGCUUUUAGAGGCUGGGAUGCACUACAGUUUGCAGUUGAUCAGCAUGCUGGUGGACUCAAGAGUCGACAAAUAGCAGAGUGGAUGAUAGGUGCAACUGAACAGUAUUUUGCAGAAAAUGAAGACCUAGAACCAGACGAAGUGGCAGAUGUUUUAACUGAUAUCAUGGAAGAAGAAUUACACGUCGAAGUAUGUGACGGCUCCGACAAAUUUAUUGGCGAAUAUUUAUGUAGAGUGCACCGACUUCUACUAAAGAAAAAUUAUGAUGCAGUUCGGUCGGAGAUGAGCAAAUUGCCGUCAUAUAAUCCAGCCCUUUUCACGAUGCAGAGCGAGCCUGAUGAGGCUGACGUGAGCUUGAGUGUUGUAAACAGCGUUGUCAACCACGGGGAGGAGGCGAGUGAGGAGUCUGACUCGACCGAGGAUGAAGAAACACCUAAAAAAGUUGCUGAAAAACCACAAGUGGACGAUGAUGGCUGGACUCAUGUCAGAAGAGGUCCUAGAAAGAAUGACAAAUAAAAAAUAUAUGAAAGUGUGA